AUGUUUACCCAAUCCGUGCCAGCGCCCGCGCCUGCGCCCUCGUCCACGGGCCUGCACGUCGCCUCGUCCACGUCGCCAGCAUUGCCAGCCUCCAGAACCAGUCGACUGCGCGGCCUCAGCUACCUGCGAAACUACACCCAGAGCCACCUGCUGAACCGAGAGCACAGCGGUGCUUCCAAUCCCAACAACGUGCCAUCCUACACGAAUUCGUCUGCAUCUGCAUCUGCAUCUGCAUCUGCGUCUGCAGAGACUGCUGCACCCGUCAGCCGCAUCGUCUCUCACUCUCAGGCGUCCAACAGCCACGACGUGAACGGCUCCCGUCUCGUCCGCUCCGAAUCAUAUCCCUGUCGGCCUACCCAUUCGUCUGUAGACCACAUCUUCGCCCUGCCGACAAGAGACAGCCCUCUCGAGACAUUGUCUGCAGCCGAGGACACUGGCAUCACCACUGCAGCAACCACAGCAGCCCCAACGGCCACAACGGCCACAACGGCCACAUCGGCCCCAACGGUCGCCACGGCCACAACGGCCGCCCUCAAUACAGUCUGCCUAAUGGACGUGACAUCUGCUCCGUCAACAAACGGUCCGGCAGCGACGGCCAUAGUCACGGCCACCACCGAAGGCAAUGCCGGCUCCAAUGCUGCCGCCGGUGCCGCCACCUUGGAUAGCUUGCCCUCCAUCCGCUUCUCUACCUUUUACGACCCCCGCUCGACACGGCCAUCGCUCAAGUUCGCCACUACCUCUCGCACCCUGCCCACCGGCAAGGAGGUCAUCCGCGUCGGUCGCUAUUCAGAGCGCGACAGCCUGCCAACCACCAGUCCGAAUGCCCCCUCCGCCGCUCACGUUGGCUUCAAGUCAAAGGUCGUCAGCCGUCGCCACUGCGAGUUCUGGUUCGAAAACAACCGCUGGUUCAUCAGAGACGUCAAGAGCUCCAGCGGCACCUUCUUGAACCACAUCCGUCUCAGCCAACCCGGCACCGAGAGCAAGCCCUUUCCCGUAAACGAUGGCGACGUCGUUCAGCUGGGCAUCGACUUCAAGGGCGGCGAGGAGAUGAUCUUCCGCUGUGUCAAGAUACGCAUCGAGUUGAAUCGAGGAUGGCAGAACAAGCUAAACGCCUUCAAAAACAUGACCAAGUCGAGCGAUGGCGAUGGCGCCACGCAAUCGUCUCAGGACUGCUCCAUAUGCCUCAACUCCAUUGCGCCCUGCCAGAGCCUUUUUGUCGCGCCUUGCUCGCACACAUGGCAUUACAAGUGUGUCCGGUCUCUGCUCGACUCGCCCCAGUACCCCGGCUUCAUUUGCCCCAACUGCCGUGCUGCUGUCGAUCUUGAAGCAGACGUCGAAGAUCCUCCGGAAGAAUGGGAGCACGGCGAGGCCGAUGAUGCUCACGAGCCUCUGCCAGGCGACAGCGAAGACGCCGAGAACCACGUCGGCACCCUCGCCGCUGCCGGGACACUCAACCAAUCUUGCGCGUCUCAGGUGCCGCCACAGCCGUCUCUGCCACCGCUGCACGCCGGCACAGCCGAUCUCGUCGCCGAUACUAUUAUACAAGCCGAUCCCAUGCAGGUCGACACCUCUCCAUCGCCAUCUCCAGCAGAGCCGCUGCAGCUGCGACUCCCGCUUCCGGAAGACCACCUCUCCCACGCCACGGUUUACCCCAUGUCAAUCCCAAUGCCAUCCGCCGUUGGCCGCUUUGCCUCGUCCAGCACCAGUGGCCCCUCUGCAUCUGGUGCCGCCUGCAUGAUUCACACAUCCUCUCCAACCGCUGAUGCCGUGGCAUCUCACGGCCAUGAUGGCCCCAUCACUCCCCGCAAUGAUGCGGGACCAUGGGUCUUCGAUGGCAGCGGUAUCCGGAUAGCGGAUGGGAGGCCGAGCACAGAUGGCCGAGGGGGAGGGAUGCGCAGUCUGGACACAGCAGCCGCCGAACUGGCCGCUCAGUCCGAAAACUAA